AUGGACGGCCUGUCGUCACUAGACAACACCCUGCCGUGUGACAGCAAUGGCCACCAAGAGCAGAUUCCCAUCUCUGACUACCUCCAGAGAUAUGACGCGGAAAGUCUCCUUAAGAAUGAAACCGAUUUCCCCUUCCAGACACUUAUUCAGUCUGCUCCCAACCACUCCUGUUCCCACCAACCGGACUACCUACCUGAGUCUACGUCUAGUUUUCGCAUUGUCCGACCAAACUUUUGCCAGCUGGAACAGAUGUCCAACUCGGUGUCUAUGUGUAAUAUGCUCCCUGAGAUACCCGAAGACGAGUCUAUAACACCGCAGACAGUCACACCUCUGCAGGCUUUCCCUUUUGCAGCAAUAGCUACUCUUUCCGUCUCCUGCUUUGAGUCGCCGCCCAGAAUCGCCACUUCCAAUGCGCAAAAUUCCCUGAUUCCUAUCCGACCGUUGAGAAUUUCUUUCGGCGCCAAUACGCCUUCAAGUCAGUUCUACGAAGCACAGACUGAGUCUGACAAGAAAGGCCACCUCUCCGCAGCGGGUAGUGAGAUUUUUCUGACACAACAACAAGGCCAGGUCUUCGGUGGGCGGCCCAAGAAGCAGCGUGCAUGUUCUAAACUGAGCCGGGAAAACGUGCGCUCCAUUGUCAAAGAGGCGCGGUUCAAGUGCAAGAUACUCGAGUGCAACAAGUCCUUCGGGCGCCAAGAUCACCUAAAGCGGCACAUGAAGAUCCACACCAAGAAAAAGUGA